UAAUCUCCUUGCAUUCUUAUAAGCAGCCAACACUUUAAAGCCAGUCUUUACAACUCUUCUCUCUCUAAACACAACAUGGAAACGUUCCGUUUGACACCUUCACACGCGCCACUCCUCCGUCACAACCACCGUGUCCAAUCAACACCCAAAACACUCUCCGGCCACCGCAAAACACCAUUAAAACCUUUCAUAAAUGCCGCAAUUUCAAAACAAGCAGCACAAUUACCACCUUCAACUGCCACACCAUCCCCCAGCACCGCUGCCGCCUCCGCGCCAUCAUUGUCUACAUCUGCACCUAAAAAAGUGUCGUCAAAUUCCCUUCAAUACCCUCCCGGAUACCUGGGGGCAAUACCUGACCGUACAGUGAAUAAUAGUAAUAAUGAUAUAAUAGGGGCGAUGGGUUAUUUGACGAAUAUUUUGUCGUCUAAAGUAUAUGAUGUCGCUAUUGAGUCUCCUUUACAAUUCGCCCCUAAAUUGUCUGAGAAAUUAGAUGUUAAAGUUUGGCUCAAACGAGAGGAUUUACAGCCGGUUUUCUCGUUUAAGUUACGCGGAGCUUACAAUAUGAUGGCGAAGCUUCUGCAAGAACAGUUAGAUAGAGGCGUUAUUUGCUCAUCAGCUGGAAAUCAUGCUCAAGGUGUUGCAUUAGCUGCAAAGAAAUUAGGCUGUAGUGCAGUGAUUGCUAUGCCUGUUACUACUCCUGAAAUCAAGUGGCAAUCUGUUGAGAGACUGGGAGCCACAGUUGUUCUAGUUGGGGAUUCUUAUGAUGAGGCACAGACAUAUGCUAAAAAAAGGGGCAAAGAGGAGGGUCGGACAUUCAUACCUCCUUUUGAUCACCCAGAUGUUAUCAUGGGACAGGGAACAGUUGGUAUGGAAAUCAUUCGCCAAAUGAAAGCUCCGGUGCAUGCAAUUUUUGUACCUGUAGGGGGUGGUGGGCUAAUAGCAGGUAUUGCUGCUUAUGUAAAAAGGGUUAAUCCCGAGGUAAAAAUCAUUGGGGUUGAACCCUCCGAUGCAAAUGCAAUGGCAUUGUCCCUGCAUCAUGGUGAGAGGGUGAUGUUGGACCAGGUUGGAGGUUUUGCAGAUGGUGUUGCUGUUAAAGAGGUGGGUGAAGAAACUUUCCGAUUGUGCAAGGAAUUGAUAGAUGGUGUGGUUCUUGUAAGCCGUGAUGCUAUUUGUGCCUCAAUAAAGGACAUGUUUGAGGAGAAAAGGAGCAUAUUGGAACCCGCAGGUGCCCUUGCUCUUGCUGGAGCUGAAGCAUACUGCAAGUAUUAUGGCCUCAAGGAUGAAAAUGUCGUUGCGAUAACCAGCGGGGCCAAUAUGAACUUUGAUAAACUGAGGAUUGUGACUGAACUUGCAAAUGUUGGUAGGCAACAAGAGGCUGUGCUUGCAACCGUUAUGCCAGAAGAGCCCGGGAUGUUCAAACGUUUUUGUGAGCUGGUGGGACCAACUAAUAUCUCAGAAUUCAAAUAUAGAUGUAAUUCUGAAAAGGAGGCCGUUGUUCUCUACAGUGUUGGCCUUCAUACAGUUAUUGAAAUUCAAGCAUUGCAGCAGCGGAUGGAAUCUUCACAAAUGAAAACUUACAAUCUUACAUCAAGCGACUUAGUCAAAGAUCACUUGCGUCAUUUGAUGGGUGGCAGAUGGAACCUUCAAAAUGAGGUUCUUUGCCGUUUUAUAUUCCCAGAAAGGCCUGGUGCUCUUAUGAAGUUCUUGGACGCAUUCAGUCCGCGUUGGAACAUCAGUUUGUUCCAUUAUCGUGGGCAGGGUGAAACUGGCGCAAAUGUAUUGGUCGGAAUCCAGGUUCCCGAGAGUGAGAUGGAUGAGUUCCAUAGUCGUGCCAGCAGUGUUGGAUAUGAGUAUGUUAUUGUAACCAAUGACGGUAACUUCGAGCUUCUCAUGCAUUAGCUGGAGCCCCCGACUCGAACCUUUUCAAAGCGGGAGUGGAAAAGAGCAUACGGUAUGGCGUUAUUUAUGUAGAAUCAGGAAAUUACUAUCCCUAUCUAUAAAGGGAGGGAAGCUGUACUAUACGUCAUUUGCUUUGUGAUGCUGUGGCUGUCAAUUUUGUAACAUACGAUCCAUAUACCCUAAAUAAUAAAUGGAGAUAUUAUGCCUUUAUGUUUCUGAGUAAAUGUAUUGCAUGUUCUGAUAAUUUGAUGCACAAUGAAGUUGUAUUUCAGUGACGAAUCUGUUUAGUGAACAUAAAUUGAUUUUGGUAAAGAUAACAAAUUU